AUGGGUUCAGUUUAUGAAAAAGUUGUCGACACUUCACACAAUCCCCCAUCAACGGCUAAUCAACGUCAACAUCGUCAAAGUGAAGCAAAUGAACCUGAUUAUUUUGAAAAGACUGGUUUAGAACCAAUCUUCACAAAAGUUGACUCAGAAUUGGCUCAUUCUGAUGAAGAAUUUCGUACUAAAAGUAGUCAAUUAUCGAAUGUAGAAAAAACGUCUGAAGCUGGUAAAUUAGGUAUUAGCACUUAUGGUAUGGCCGACACUUUGAAUGAAGGGGAAAGAGAAAAGGACCAUGUUAAAGAAAAUAUGGGCGAUUCUCAAAAAAAUAAAAAUGUUGAUGCUGAUUAG